AUGGUGAAGGGGAGCAGAGCCCUACUCUGCGGUGGCGGCGGCGCCACCAACGUGUCUGUCAUCAGGCAGGCACUGUGCGAGUUCCUGGUUUGCCCUCUCUCGAAACAGCCUCUUCGAUACUGCGAGGAGACCCGGUCUCUGGUCAGCGAGGCAAUCGGCGUGUCCUACCCAGUUGUGGACGGGAUUCCUUACCUGCUUCCCCAGGAGGGUAAGCUGCUGGAUGGUCCCCAAUCCCCAAACCCAGGGGAUAAUUCUACGGACAAAUCAUCCUCGAUGACGGCCGGUUGA